AUGCAAGAUUGUGCUGAGAUAAACCGUGAUCCAGAGAUCUGUGCGCAGGCACACCGCCCUGCAGAAGAGCUCACCCCGUCGAGGACAAAAGGUGCGUCAGUGAAUGCUGAGCCUCUCUUCAACGCUUUCCUGCGCUCUCAAAGACACAGAAAGCCCGAGAUGGCGAUUACUCCUGCCCUUGGCCGUGUUGCUUCCUUAUUUCCUCAUAUCGAGAAGGAUUGGUGGAAGAAAGCUUACAAUGAAUUGUAUCUAUACACAGACGGCGACUGUGUCGAGGUUCCCGUAAUCACUGAGGCCGAAUGCACCAAGCUGCUUGAAAUCCCUAGCGUGCAACAGCUGUUACAGACCAAAGGGUCUCCGGUCGAAGUACUGGAUCUAUGCUGUGGUCAAGGACGACAUAGUAUCCACCUUGCCAAACGCUUCCCGGACUUGAAAGUUCUUGGAGUCGACCAAAGCACAUACCUUCUAGGCCUUGCAAAGCAUCGAGCCCUGGCAGAAAAUGCACAAAACAAUACCAAUUUUCGAGAAGGGGAUCUUCGUCAAAUACCUACAGCGAACGGCGGCAUAUUUGUCAUUGACUGUGUGGAUGGAUCAUGGAUUCGGUCAAACUUCAGCAAAAGUGGAUGGGAAUGGCUUGAGGGAGAAAAAAAGCUUCUUGCCUGUCGGGAACGUGAGCUCUCCCCAGAUCAGACUCAGCUCGCCAGCCGGGAGAUUGUGAUUGACCUCGAUGGUCCUUCCAUCCAGCAAGACCUUUUCUAUUCCGUAAGGCUUUACGAUCUCGAGGAAAUGGAAGGCCUUCUUCAAAAUUCCGGACUACGAGUUCGAACGGAGGAUGGAAUGCAGCUCAUUACUCCGCAGCGAGACGGUACAGUGGACAUGGGCAUGAUGGAGCGCAGACAGUUUGUUGUUGCACAGAAGUCCAUUGAUGAUCCGCCCCCAAAGACCAUCGACCAUGAUGCCAGAGUUUACGUGCAUCCAAGUCUGGAGCUAGGGGUAGAUGAACACAAAGGAAAAUUAAUCAAGGUUUCUUCCUUUGUGCCAGCCGGUACCAAGAUUCUUGCGGACACACCAUAUGGCGUGGUCCCAUCUUUAGAUCCAUCACAGCCCGAUUCCACACUUUGCAGCAACCUCGGAUGUAAUCGGCUGUUGUCCAGUGGCACGGAAAGUGUACGCUGCAGCGAGAAGUGCAUUCGGGAUGUCGCUUGGUGUAACGAUCAUUGUCGAGUUGCAGACCAAGAUCGACAUGGGUUCGAAUGCGAUUGGUUGAAAAGCCAGGGAGAGAAAAUCCGGGAAAAAGAAGGCCAAUAUGACUUUGCCAUGCUUUGGCUAGUCGUGCGCCUGGUCGCUGGAAAACAUCUGCAGAUGCAGAAUCCACACAAUGCACCAAAGCCUUAUGCCUGGGAAGUUUGGUUCAAGAGGGGGUGGGAGUCCAUCGAGUCUCUCACCGGAAAUCUGGGCAAGUGGCCGGAGACGAAGAUGCAGCACUGGAAAAGGCAGGUGGAAGAGUAUUUGAGCCAUAUCAACCGGUUAACUGCCAGUGUCGAUGAGCUUGUUGGUCUCAUCUGCAGGGAAGAAUCCAACUCAUUUGGAUUAUACCCAAGGAAAACUGGAUCACUUGAAAAUCGAGGGACCGAUUAUGGGAUGGGUGUGUAUCCGAGAGCCUCACUGGUCAAUCACUCUUGCGAUCCAAACCUCUACUGGGGACCAGAUAGCCAAGGUAACUUGGUUCUGACUACUUCCCGAGAUCUGACCGCAGGAGAGGAGUGUUUUAUCUGUUACCUUGAUAUAAGUGAGUAUGGUGAUCCCACUAAGCGAGAAAGGGUUCUGCGAGAAGGCUUUCACUUUUCUUGUGCAUGCGAGAUAUGUGUUUUGGAGCAGGCAAAUGCACUAUGA